CGAACCCCUAGUUGCGGAUGGCGUCGAUACCUCCGAGCACGUCCCCCUUUUCGUUCCUGAGAGCUGUCGGAUCCUUGACUUGCAGGUUUUCCAAUGGCGCGAGAAAUGAGAACGGUGAGUCGGAAACUGUACGCGAGCAGUGCAAAGUGGCUGGCGCAUGGAUGUUUAGUUAUCGAGUACAUAUAUUACAUACUGCUAUGCACUGCGUAGCUUAGAGCCUUGGAGACUAUACGGGGCUGACUCGAUGAUGUGAUGGAUCAUGAGCCACAUCCUGACUGCCCGCAUUCCGCGUGUUGACCUGGGGAUUGACAGGAUCAACGUCGAGGGGCUUUGAUCAUCUUGAUUCUUCCCAUGGAAUGCCCUAAAAGAUAAACCGGGUUGUACAAGUUCUGACAAUCACUGUAGGAUGCAUGUAACAAAUGCUCGACACGAAGACUGCCAAAUCGAUGGGCCGGCUAUCAGGUCCGACAAAGUGGAUGGGGAUAUACCAGGGGGCUAAUUUCGAAUCCCAGCAAUCAGGGAACCUAUUAAUCUCUUUUCGUCCGAUGGGCCCGCCACUGAUGCGUUCAUAGGCAGCUGAUCCUUGCUCGAUCGUCGACGUCUUGAUCGGUGGGGCUUUUGGAUAGCUCACUGACUCGUCCGUCCCUGGCCAGUCUCGCGUGGGUGUCUAUUGUCCAAUUCCUUGUCGCUUGGCCUGCCGAAAAAACUCAAAUCAGCGAAAACAAUGUAGUCCUGUCGCCGGGAGCCCCGCGCCGUUCUGGAAUUCCUGACUAGCGGUGUCGUCAAUCGUUUAUAUGUAGGGGAUCUCGGGGCUGGACCUGCUUUUGGGGAGACUUUGCUCUUGUUUAUUUCAUCGCUUUCAACCCAAUGGGUCCACAACGCGCCGCGGCCUUAUUUUUUUCUUCUUUUUAAUUCACUAAUCUAAGGACUGGCGCCGUCUAUCGUCUUAACGAUCGCACUUUCUUAAUUACUCGGACAUCGCAGCUUCGGAGAGUCUAGUUAGAUAUGUGUGGUCGCGCUUGAAACUAGUCUUUAUACCUAGCCGACACUACAUACCCUUGACGUUCGAGAGACUUCGUCCUGAAACCGAGCUAUUGAGCACAGAGAUACAAGGCCAAGAUGCGUUGGUCAUUAUUCAGCGCUUGGGUCUUGGUGAUCCUCUUCGGAAUUGCAUUAUCUGCCCCCGCGAGGGACAUUGCACAACGAAAUGCCGAUGCUCCCACGACAGUCGAAGCGCGAGCUGAAGCCGAUGCGACAACUGCAGCUGCAGAUAAUUCACCCAGUCAAACGUCUACAUCUACUACAACAAAUUUGAAUAGUGCAGCGGAGACAGCAGCCACAACCACGGCUAUCACAACGACGACGAACAAUACGACCUCUUCGAUAACCAGCCAUUCGACGUACGUUGCGACAACUAUACCUUCAUUAGAUGACUCUGCAGACUCGUCCGAUGAUAGCCAGGAUGGUGCGAAACAGAAAUACACUGGUGGUCUGCCACUCCAACCGCAAAUCACUCCGGCAUGGGGUGUGGGUGGUAUAAUACUGCUAUUGCUAGGGGCGGCUCUGGCGUUUAUUGGAAUACGCAAGCAAUGGUAACUAGGCUCCCCUAUUCAGGGAACUCAUCUCAUUAACAUUGGUCAGGGUUCAUAUUUUCUUAUCCACGGGCUUCCUCGCGGCGCUGGGUGUUACAGUACUGAUUGUCUAUGUGAUGAAUCCGCCUGUGAGCAAUGCGAUACAAGGUGGUUAUCUGGUUGCGGCCUUCUUCACAGGUGCCGUGUUUGGUGGACUAGCACUGGUGUUCAGGGAAAUCACCGAAGGACUGGGCUGUCUUCUUGGUGGUUUCUGUACCGGAAUGUGGUUCUUGACUGUCAAGUCCGGUGGGCUUUUGACUGACAGUGCAGCAAAGGCCGGCUUCAUCAUUGCAUUCACCGUAGGCUUCUGGUGUCUCUCCUUCAGCCACUAUACUCGCUCAUAUGGAUUGAUUCUCUGCACUUCUAUUUCGGGUGCAACGGCUUUGGUUCUCGGUAUCGACUGUUACAGCCGGGCAGGGUUGAAGGAGUUUUGGCUCUACAUUUGGGGUCUGAACAACAGCAUGUUCCCCUUGGAUACGAAUACAUACCCGGUCACUCGAAACAUCCGCGUUGAACUCGCUAUUACCGUCAUUGUCACAGUCUUCGGCGUGAUCGCUCAAAUGAGGCUCUGGAAAGUGAUCAAAGAACGUCGAGUCAAAGAGGAGACCUCUCGAAAAGAAGCCGAGAAAAAAAACGAGGAGGCAGAGGCAGAAGUUGGUCGACAACUGGAGGAGAAGAAUCUUCGAGAACGCACCGAAUGGGAAAAUAUGUACGGCAACGGUGCCGCUGGAAAAGAACCUUCCAUGACCGAAACCGCUGUCGCAGAUGACUCCCGUCGCGGCUCUGAUGGGUUUGAGUCUACCACCCAUGAAAACGAAAAGGAGACCUCGAUCGAGAUGAAGGACAUGCCAGCUGCUGAAAAUUCAGCUGGCGCAUCUGAAUCUGGAAGAAACCUCGACACCGUGGAAGAAGUUGAAGGGGAAGCCGUUGGAGAACAUCCAGACGGUCACGCCAACCAACCCAAGGAACGAGACGCGGACAUGGAGACGGAUCAUGCCGGACCAUCAACCGCAAGACCGGUUACGAUGUGGCCUGAGCCAAUCCUACGUGAAGACUGCAGUUCCGAACAUGGCGCUGUCGUCGGCUCCGAACCAGGCUCGCCACGAUCUAAGCGCUUGUCUGGGAAGUCACUGAUGAACCGGCUUUCUUGGCGCAGUGUCAACAGUCCGUUAAGCCCAAAGCUCAACGGAAAAUCUGAAUCCGAAGAGGCCUUGGUCGUGCAAGACGAUGCUAGCUCCUCCAUUCUUGGCAUCGUGGAUGAUGUCCAUUCGGUUUGCUCUAGCGUAGUCUCUGACCGCCAUGGUGCGACAGAUGAGGAGACGCACGAGGAGACAGUCACAGCCAACGAAACAGUGAAGAAUGUGCUUACUGAUGUGACCCAGUCCGGACUCAACUCUCAAGCACCGCGUAGUGCUCCAACUGAGGCUGAUGGGCAAGUCGCCUCUUCUCUUUCUCAUCACGUAGGGGACGAGGAGAAUAUCAACGAGCCAUCACGAAACGGAAAUGAGUUCCAGAUACACCAGGAUGAUGACACUGAAGACCAAGUGCACACUACCGUGAUUCGCGAUCAAGAUGCGAGCGAAUCAAAGCAGGCUGAGUGUAUUGCAUUGCAAGUCCAGCCUAACGCACAAGUGGCUCCACCCAACCAAGAUGUCGUGCCAGAGGCUGCUCUAGAGAAUCUAGAGAAUGGCCACAAUGAGGAGCAUGUUGAACAGGAGAAUCAGGAAAAUCAAGUACCCGGCGUCAAUCAAGUAGUCAACCGAGGGUUCAAGCAAGCGGAGGACGACAAAAAGGAGGAUGUUAAAGAAGAAACUCGAGAGCUCGCGGAGCAAGUCGAGCUUGAACCCGAUUCAGUGUCCCAGGCAAAGCCCUUGAAGAAGAGUGUCAGUGCCAGGCUUGAUGCAUCGACUGUGAAAGCAAUUCCUGAACAAACGUCUCUGGUGAUCAACUCAUUCCGCACCAACGAAUGGGCAAAGCAUUUGGCCGACGCUGAACUUCCCGAGCUCGAACCCAUACAACUAGACGGCGGACAACCCGAAAAUCCCAUCGAGACCGAAGAAGUCGCAGCACCGGUUAAUGUGGCAGGGCUGCUUCAGACACCGUUGAAUGGUUUGCCUCCUCCCGUUUUCAACAGCCCUGAGCAGAUGCCUACAAGCCCAGAGCAACAUCGCCGACGCUCCAAUGGCUCUAGCACAGCACCUACCGGAGUAUCCAAAGCAAAGACAAGAAAUAGCAUGUAUAGCAUGUCCGGUGCUUUAUCAUCGCUGCAAAUGUCCCAGAACGUCUCCUCUGCUGCCCUGCUUCCACUCCAGGAAAAUGAGCCCAAGCCUGCUCCGAUACGCAGCGUCUCGACUCCAUUCCUAACCAUCACAACUACCAACCAAGAAAAAGAGACGGCCGAUUCUCUAAAAUGGAGUGGACCUCCACCUCUUCUUGCCGUUCGCGAAGAUAUGGUGCGAAAUCGAAUUUCUUCUACCUCUCUUCGCUACGACCCUUACGCAUCACGCAGUCAGUCCCGCCUGUCCCUGGCUGACCCAACCAUAAUCGCCUCACCAACGCUUCCAAUUCCGGAGGAAAGUAAUGAGCAUGUUGGUACAGAGCGUGCUGAAGACGCAGACGACGUACCACUAUCGAAGCGCCGUGCCAUGUUACAACGCCAAACUAUACAGUCUCCUUCCGCAUCAAGCCUACAAAGCAUCGAGCAAUCUCGAUCGCCACCGCAAAGCCCUCCUGAAUCCGGCCGAUCUGCAGCUGUCAUGGCUGCCUGGCGUCAAUCCGUUCGAGAUGAUAUCACUCAACGACGCGAUCCAUUAUCCCACCCUCCAUCCCCUGGAACACCUGCAAACUCCGACAGACCACGGGCUCUCUGGGGAUCCGUACAGAACUUGCGUGAAUCCUCGGCGGCCAAGGUUGAGAGUACCAUUGCCGAUAGGAUGCAACGCGGAGGAAGUAUGACAGACCUGCAUCGUCAAGCAAUGCGCCGAAUGCAAGCUUCCGCAAACCGCAAGUUAUAGUUUCUUUUCUUUGAUACCCUCUUUUUUCACUUUCUUUUUUUUUCCUUUUUCGGGGACUGUUGGGAGUUCGGUCAAUAUGGGCCUAAUCAGUCGCAUCUACAUAAUUAUCUUAACAUUCACUGCACAUAAUUUAUAAUGACACCAUGCUUGAUGAUUUCAAUUCAGGUCCCUUGUCCUGGAACAAUGCAAAUGACACAUAACAAAUGCCCGGUUACUGUAAGAAGUGCUUCGGGGCCGUCUCGAAAACUUUAAUAGCCUGCUCUAGACGCUUCUCGUACUCUUGUAGUUCCUCGCUCUCCUGAUCUUCCGGAGAAGCCUCCUUUGCAUCCACACCCUCUUCUUUCUCAAGACCAAGCUCGACCGAGUUGUCCUGAACUCCCCGGGCGGUGCGGACCGACAUGACAUCUCGAUAAAGGCCCAUCGUCAUUGGUAGUUUCACUCCAUCCACGCCGCCUUUACCCAUUUUGAUAAAGCGAGCAUCAAGUAGUCGAAAUUGGGCCGCCCAGACGUGUGGGUCAGCCACUUCCAUCGCCAUCUCCCAAGAGGACCCUACGCCCAGACUGACGGACCCACCGACCGGAACGCCAGAUAGAAGCCCUACGAUUGCAGAGGAAACGCCAGCCGAUAUAUCUGCCGAGUGUCCCGUGGAGACCAUCGUUCGCGUUUUCUCGAGUAGAUAUAGACCGGUGAGUAGCCAUACCUUGGGGCGACGAGCGAACUUGAAAUUGAGCACGUAGGAGCUGUGCGCAGCAGAUAGCCAAAGUUUAAGCUUUUGCUGUGCCUGUGGCUUGGCCAGGACAUUGGUUGUAAGGAAUUCCUCCG